AUGAAGGAUAAUGAGAAUUCUUUUGGGUUGUUUUGUUCCAAAUCUAAAAGAUUAAAGUUAUUUGAAAAAGCAGAUGAAAAAAGUGUUAAAAGUUAUAUAAAUGAAAAAAAAAGGUAUCAGGAAGAUACUUCUGUUGGUAUUUCAUGUUAUAUAAAUUCUUUACCUAAAAGACUUCACUUUUUAUUUAAAUAUAGAUAUACUGAUUUUUUGGUAAAUGAAGUGGAUGAUCAAGAAAAGGUUAUUCAUAUUACUAAUACUACCUUUUCUGAUAUAAGUAAUGAUGAAUUUCAUUAUUCUAUUGAGAAAAAUGGACCUUUAAAAUUAAAUGAAAAUGAAAUGAAACGAAUUAUUGACCUUUUGGGAGAAGAUAUUUUUCAAGAAAUUACUAACUUUUUAGAAGAUGAUAACAAAAUGACAAAAUUUGUUUUGACUAAGGUUUUUAAAGAUAAGUCAUAUCGUACUUCUAUUCACACAGCUAUAAGAGAGGUUUAUAAAGGUUUGCUUGAUACAACAACAACUCCUGAUGAAGAAAUAAAAAUAACCUUUUCUAAAGGAAGUACACGUUUUCAUGGAAAUUUUUGGGCUAAUGUUGGCGGAGAAUAUUGUAUGUUUUAUUUAUAUAAAGAAAAUAUGGAUACGAUGGAGUGCAUAAACUUGCUUUCUAAAUUUUUUCGUGUCAAACCUCGUAUUUUUUCUUUUGCAGGGACGAAAGAUAAACGAGGAUGUACGGUUCAAAGAUGUACUGCAUGGAAAAUAAAAGCAGGAAGACUUUCUAAUUUGAACAAAUCUCUUAAAGGUUUUAGGGUAGGAAAUUUUUCCUACACUGAUGCCAAGUUAGAGUUAGGUGACCUUAAAGGAAAUGCGUUUACUAUUAUUUUACGUGAUGUCAAAGAAGAUGAUGGCUUAAUUAAUGAAUGUCUAAGUGCAUUAAAAACUAAAGGAUUUGUCAAUUAUUACGGAAUACAACGAUUUGGGACAUCGAUUAUCGCGACUCAUGUUGUUGGUAUCUUGCUUCUUAAGUCUGAUUGGCAAGGUGCAGUAGAGUUAUUGCUUAAAGAAGCUUCAGAAAGGAUACAAGUGUCUACUGAAUCAAAGAGUAUUUGGUCUAAUAUAGAAAAUGUAAAAAGCGCUCUUAAAAAGACUCCUCAAAAAUACGUUUCAGAGUAUUCUGUUUUGUCUUCAUUAGCAAAAGAAUCUUCUAAAUCUCCUAAUUACGCUAGUGCACUUCAGAAGAUACCUAGGAAUUUGCGAAUGAUGUAUAUCCAUGCUUAUCAAUCUUAUGUAUGGAAUUUUGCGGUUACUGAGCGUCUUCGUAAAUUUGGCUUUAAUCCCGUAGAAGGGGAUUUGGUUCUUUGUAAUCAGACUAUUUACUCCAAUGAUGAUUUAAUAGAUUCUGAGUUUUCGAAUCAACAGAUAGAUAGUUCUGUAAAGCUAACUAAGAUCAUUCGUGCAAAGCAUUUAACAGCAGACGAACUUAUAAAUUAUUCAAUAUACGAUAUUGUUUUACCUACUCCAGGGCAUGAUAUUUUAUACCCAAAAAAUUGUAUUAAAGAUUUUUAUUUGGAUUUUAUGAAAAAGGAUGGCUUAGAUGGUUUAAAUAUGGUUCGUUCUGUCAAAGAAUUUUCUUUGACAGGUUCAUAUCGGUUAAUUUUAUCAAAACCAAAAAUGAUGGAGUGGGAAAUUGUAAAAUAUCAAGAUCCUGAUGAGCAACUUUCUAUGACAGAUAUCGAUAUUUUAGAAAAUCGUAUUUUAAAAAGUCAGAGUAAUGAAAAAGUAGAUCAGAUUUUUAAAGCAGUGAAGUUAAAAAUGCAGCUCAUGAGUUCAUCAUAUGCUACAGUAGCUUUAAGAGAAAUUGCAGAACGAAAUGUUUUAAAUCCAUGA